UCCCCUUUUGUGCCCUGCCUUGCUUGCCAGCUGGCCUUCUUUCCUUUACCCAAGACAAAGUCUCAGCGUGGCAGAGGGGCUGCUGGGCCACUCCCAGGGGGGUCUUUGGGGAGCCUCUGUUCAGAAGGGCACAUCUGUACCUUCCCCCAGCACUUUUGGAAGAGCGGAAGGCACUCUUUAUUUUGCCCUCUGCCAUGUCUGAGCCGGAUGAUGACAAUGAAAGCUGCUGGAAUAACUUGGAGAACUACCGUGUAAAGCUGAUUUCAGUGGUUGACCCGUCCAGGAUAACCCCUUACCUCCGCCAGUGCAAAGUCAUCAACCACGACGAUGAGGAACAGAUCCUUAAUGACCCCAGCCUUGUGAUCAGGAAAAGGAAAGCAGGGGUACUCCUUGACAUUCUUCAGCGGACAGGUCAGAAGGGCUUCGUGGCCUUUCUUGAGAGCCUGGAGCUCUACUAUCCUCACCUCUACAAGAAAAUCACAGGCAACGAGCCCACCCGGGUUUUCUCAAUGAUUAUAGACACAGCUGGGGAGUCCAGCCUGACCGAGCUGCUGAUGAGCGAGAUCUCCAAGCUCCAGAAUGCUGUGCGUGAGGAGCGGCGGAAGCUCCAGGAGACGGGUGUCCUGCUCAGGGCCAAGGAGGAUGUCAUCAGGGAGAUGAGGGUGCGGGACAGCGUCCUGCGCAAGCACCAGGAGCGGGCCCACAAGAUGAAGGAGGAGCGUGACAGCCUGAGCCGGGAGCUCAAGUGCUGCAAGGACGAGAACUACGAGCUGGCCAUGCGCUAUGCUCGGCAGAGUGAGGAGAAGAAUGUGGCACUCAUGAAGAACCGGGACCUGCAACUGGAGAUUGACUGUCUGAGGCACAGCCUGAUGAAGGCAGAGGAUGACUGCCGCCUGGAGAGGAAGCACACCCUCAAGCUCAAGCACGCGAUUGAACAGCGUCCCAGCCAUGAGGUGGUGUGGGAGAUACAGCGGGAGAAGGAACUGCUCCUGGCUAAGAACAAGGAGCUGGAGAGCACCCUGCAGGUCACCAAGACAGGUGGUUCUGAGGAUGAGGACAUCUCCAUUCAGGCCCUGCAGGCAGAGCGGACACAGAUGCUGGGGGAGCACCAGAAGCUGGUCAACACCAUCUAUGACCUGCGCCAGAUGCUUCGGCGGACAGAGGACAAGCGGGAUAAACUUGUGGAGGAGAAGGAGAUGCUGGAGCUGAAGUGUGCAUCCCUGCAGAACGAUGCUCAGAUAUACCAGGACCGCAUUGAGGUCAUCCUGAAACAGAUGGAGGAGGUGGCUUCUGAAAGAGAUCAGGCCCUCCUGACCCAAGAGGGAUUCCAUAAGCAGUUCUCCAAGAGCCUGAUGGACAAGGAUCUCUACCGGAAGCAGAUUCGGGAGCUGGGCGAGAGAUGCGAUGAGCUGCAGCUGCAGCUCUUCCAGAAAGAGGGGCAGCUGCUCAGCACUGAAGCCAAGUUGAAGAGGUUGCACCUCGACCCUUCGGCAUUGACUUCAGAUUUCGAAGAAUCCUCCAGGAGCUCCCAAGAACUUCCUCCCCUUGGAAACCCGGAUGAAGACAUGAAAGGUGCAAACAAAGAAUCCUCCAACCAGCAAUUCAGCAAAAUCCAACUUCUUCCAUCCCCAGGGGAAAGCAGUCCACUCGAUGGGGAGGUGACAGAGAAGGGGCGCCGGCGAAUGAAGGACAGUUUUGAGCAUUACCGGAGAAAGAGGGCCCUGAGGAGAGCACAGAAGGGCAAGUACUACACCGUGGACUGGGAGAACACAUCAGGCAGUGACAACACAGAUACUGAAGGCUCCUGAGGGUGUUUGCUCUGCAGAAAAAUAAAUUGUGGAUCCUGGAGGGCCUGUCAACAACAAGGUUUCUAGUUCCCACACAGGGCAUUUAUAGGUGACUUUUUAUGAGCUGUUAAACUGAUUCACUUGUAGGAAGAUUAGACACUGGCUCUUUAGUGAGCUUUCACUUUGAUUUGUUUGAGGGGAGGUUAGAUGUUGUGUCAAAGCCAAGAAUGAUCAUCUCACACUUUCCACACACUACAUUUUCCUUGUAGCAAAAAGUCCAGUCUUUUGGGGGAAGUGGGUGUGAUCUGCAAGAGCUCCAAAUCAGCUUUCAUUUGCACCAUCUGAAUUUGCUGGUACAUAACUGAAACCCCACCACAGAAAGUUGGACCCAAGAUGGGUGGAAUAUAGCACUUAUGGAACACUUAACUCACCAUCAGAGGGUGAUAAGAGGAAUUAAAAAAGGAAGAUGGGUUUGUAUGGUCUUGAUUUAUUUUUU